AUGAGGGAGGGGCCUGAACGUUCGAAUUGUAAACCCAUUCUUCUGGGCCUCCAUACCGCCAAGUUCUGUCCAUUUAACUUUCUGUUCGUGGACAUCAUCGACCCGUCUACAGACACUGUCAAAGGUGCCGCUAUUUCCGAGAUUGGUCUUGUAAAGCGGCAAAGGCAGAAAGGGUACCCGCAAUUUCACAUACUCCCCGACCCCUCCCCUCCCCACACUCUAACGCGCGGCGACUUCCCUCUCUCCUGUCCAAAAGACACCACCAUCGGGAAAGUCACGGGUGCGCUUAGUCACCCACCGGUUUCCCUCCGCGUCGCCUCCGCCUCCUCCUUCGCCCAGGUCCCAUCUAUCGAGUGCGGCGGUCACGUGACCCUUUCCGCGUUGCCCUUCUGGCCGCUGGGAGAGUGGGUCGGGUGGCGCACCACGUGGCUACCCUCCUCACUCUGCGGAACACGUGUCUGUUGCUCGCAUUAUCGACUCCGGGAUGAGCGUGUGGGCUGGGGCGUAUUUAGCCCCACAAAAUACCGCAACGCCGUCAUCCUCCCGGAAGCACAAUUUCGUUGCGGAAUUUUUGCCGGUGAUCACAGAAGGACGCUCGAUGUUUGCAGGUUCGAGUCCCGCCUGUGCUCCACAAAUCGAGCGCCUACAGCUUGUGUAGCCGUGAUAUCCUGUCAGCGCGAAUCUACACAGUGACAGUCGGGAAGUUCCUGUUGGUUCGUGUCUUCGCCGCCGCCGCCGUCACCACCACCACCACCACCACCGUCUUCCCCUUUAACAGAGGUUCUUUCGCGGGUUGUCUCGGAAGCUGAAGAGAAGCAGGCUUUCGUGGUCUCCUGUCUUCGUUUCCCCCCUUCCUCACCCAAAACCUCUCUAACUUGUCCGAUGAGGCGAUUUGGCUUUGGAGGCUUGAGUUCCUCUAAUCUCAACAUUACAAAGUGUGUGAUUUCCACUCGCCUUAAAUUGCGCCAUUCACUGUACUCCUACACAGACCAAGCUCUCGUUAAUGACAAGCACCGACGUCGUGUUGCUGUGUUUGUGUGGAAUUCGGCAGGAGUGGAGAAAUUAGCCGAUCACCACGCGUGUUGUCAGGACUUACGCGCGUGCCACUUCGGCGUCGUCCACGUGCCGCGUGAUCAUCGACCUUGUCGCACAAUCGUCGACAUUCGACCACGUAGCCUCCGCCAGGUCGACGUUGUCUGGGCGCCUCACAGACCAGACUGCCAAUGCGAGGCAUCGGAAAAGCCAGACCUGAGUGAUAACGAGAAGUUAAUCGUCCGUGUCGCAACCAAACGAAGUAGGUGUUACCGUGCCUUUGUUGGCCUCACGGCAAAUCUUCCAAUCCCUCAUCCUCGUAUCAACUGUGAUCGUGUCACUUCGACACAAGUCGCUAUCAGCGUGUGCAUUGGCAUAUUUCCUGACCCCCUGUUUCCCUCUGCCCUCUUAAUCCAGAGUCUGAACGACUCAAGUUACCACGUGACGCUGUGUCGGGUGGGGAGCUGCGAGGGCAGCAGCUCGUGCACCAGUCGUCUGCAGGUCGGGCUGCAGGCGAGCCUCCACGUGCAGCAGUGGCGCAUUUGCCUGAUUGGCGAACCCUCGGCGGGCUGCCAGUUCAUCGCCCAAUGGCGCCUCGAUACCAUGGACUCGGCCUACACCAUGGAGAGUUCCAGCGGCAGCGGCACCACCGCCUACGGCGUCGGUGGUUUCGAUUCGGCGGGACAGCACUUGCUUGGAUUCACUCCACCCGGUCAGACCGCGUCUGUUGCUCCCGGACCUAGUAGCGUUUCCGCCUCCUACCAGAACGAUGAUCGCUUCUUCCUGGAGGCCAAUCGUAGUGCUGGAAAGGGCCUCGCUGGGAACUACGUGUUCCAGGUAGAUGGUCGCCGAUUGGGCCAGCUGAGCCAAUCGGUCGACGAGCUGAUGCUGCGUCGUUUUCCCGCGCUCACAGCGCCUCCUGGCACACGUGUUCUUCUGCCAAGCGACGGCGAGGAGGCCAUCUGCAAGUCUGCCGCCAUUGACAUCAGAGGCCAGCGUGGCUGCUCCAAGACCGCAUUCGGCGCAGGCGGCUCGUCCUCUCUCUCACCCCCCGGGGCCACAGGAGAACUCUUCACUGGCUCCUCGUCACCCCACACGCCCCCUCUGCAGAAUCCCGCCAGCGCGCCAUUCGCCACCUCCAGUUUGCUCAGUCGUGGUGGCGAUGAGAUGCUCUUUGUCAAUACCACUCACCAAAAUCCACCGAAUCAGCCCUCGUCGCGUUCGAAGAAGUCUUCCCACCGGCAGUUUUUCACUAGUGGAGCCCCCAAAACCGUAAGUGACGAAUCAUUGAUUUUUUUCUCCUUAUUUGAAGUAGCUCAAACACUGGGACGCUCCGACGCCAUUAAGAUUCCAUCUCGCCGUUUCACUACAGCGCUCUCCAAGGUGACUGGAGAUAACGGAGGCGGCGGUUCCAGAUGCCGAUCCUCCUCAAAAGCCGGUUCUGCUGAUGGCAGCGCUGAAGGUAGUUCCUCGGAGGCGUCGUUGACGAAACCCCCGGCUCACCAACAGCAGCUUUACUUUCCCUCGGUAAUGGUUGGCGCCGGCAUCAUAACCUCCCUCACACCGGGUCCUCCGCCCUCUCGAACGGAGAUAUUCAGUGGGCCUGGCGCGGUCCCGUCGGUAGCUCCUCCGACUCGAGCGAAACCCAAGGUUGAUCUUCCGCCGCCACCGCCACCACCACCCUUGUUGUCGCAGGCACCUCCGACGUCGCCUUCGGUCACCUGUGAGCGCUGUAGACGCCUGCGGCACCACCACAAGGUCCCUUCAACAGGCUCCUCCUCAAUGGCCUACGAGGGUGGCGGUGAAUGCGGCAACGGGGGCGGUGUGUUCGCCACCGACGAGGAUGUCGAACAGCAGGUCUCGGAUAUUCGGCUAAAUCGCCUUCUCCAGGCGGUCAGCGUCCGGUCCCCUACCCACGAACUCUGCCCACGGCGGACACACGACUUGUACGAGUUGUGCAAACACCUCUACCGAACAAUCGGACCGACGUCGACAGCAGUGCAUCGACAGGCGGACUCGAGGCAGCUGCGGCGAUGUAGAACACCGGACAUCGUGGCCUCGCGCCGCCGGGAACUGGCCAGGGAGCGAAUUCUAGCUGCGUUGUGCGGUGGCGAGGGCAGCCUACUGGACCAGCUGCUUCAGCAAAUCGUGCCACCGCCCGCUUCGCUCUCCUGCGUCUUCCUUCUCGCGUGCGCUCCGCCGGGCUGCACCACACCUACCGACGAGAUGGACUAUGAAUGGUGCGUUUCGGUGGCAUUAGUGGGUCGAGAAAUCACGCCGACGUCGUCAGUUGAUGCGGCUCCGGUUUGGUUCUACGACCGUCACUCCGCGUACCUCGUGCAUCGAGCGAGCACCUGCUGUUCGCGCCGCUGCCUCUGGAGCGCACCGUUUGUGAGCGACCUCAAUCUGCAGGACAUUGUGUGCCACCAGAGACAACUCCUCCAGCUCAGGAGCGACGCAGACGUGCAACAGACGUCUGCUCUGCCGUCGGGUGCGAUUCCGUGUCUCGUCACCUCCGGCCUCUUCGUGUGGCGUUUUGCCCCGACCCGCGCCUUCACCGGCACACCUCCGCAUUUUGGCGCGAUGCCCCAAAAGUGGUCCGAGUCGACAUCCGGUGGCAGCCUCUCGCGUCCCUGGUCCGUGCUCUACCUGGGUCCGGACAGCGAGUGCGACGAGGUGCUGUCUCCCGUCUCUCCGCAGCCCCCGUCGUCCAGCGUCGCGUCGGCGCGCCCGGAUUGCUGCUCCGUCUGCCGUUCUCCCCAACUGCAGCUCCACCAGCGCGCGCGGACCCAACAGCGUCAGCACCAGCAGCAGCGGCAACAGCACGUCUACGCAAACCUCAUUCGGCACACCGGUGGCUUCAGCACGCUGCCAAGCAUCAGCAGACGAGGUCUUCGUCACGACCCUCGUCUGCCGGCCAGCGAGAAGAAAGGCGUCGUCCGCGCUUCCGCUCGCGACUUUCCGGACGAUCAUGUCGGACGCCUCGUCUGCGCCUCUUCUUCCACGCGAAGUCGUUUUCCCCGUUCCCUACGGUCGUUUGUCGUUCGUCUGCAGUCGCACUCCGCAUCUCAAGCCUCCUCGCCCAGCUCACCGCAAAGCCACCAAUCGUACUGCAACCUGCCGUAUAGUCUGGGCCCUCCUGCUGUGCCUCCGAAUCCGCUGAAGCAGUCCUUCAACGACGAACGACUGGGCACGGCGUACGCGAACCUGCCUCACCUCACGCCCUCGGUGUCGAAUCCGUCGAAUUGGCCGUCACCACAGAGCCGGUGGCGAGGGCCUGGAAUGGCGUCGGGCAGGACUACUGGGCGUUCGUCGGCGUCGGACCACGUGCCUGAUGAGAUCCGCGAGCCGAAGCGCAACUACGCACUUGUCGACCUUCGACCGAGUCCCGCCAGCUCUGUAGUCGCUCCCGGCGACACCAUCACGAUCAUAUCCACUGCGGAGGACUCCGUCUCUGUGGACGGUGGUCGUGGCGAUUCGAGCGCAUCUACACUCCACACCAACACCUCCACCUCCUCCUCCACCAUUGUGCCGGGCGGUGGAGGCGGGUGUUCGCGGGUCGAGUCCCAACGCCGUCGCACCUCCUCGCACUCCCUCACCGCCGUGCUGCCUGUCCCCACUCUCAACUACGUCCACAUAAUGACCUCCGCCUCUGUGGGGAAGAAGGAUCCGUCGGUGUGGGACAGCGGAGCAUCAUCCUCCACCGCGUCGUCGACAACAAGCUCCUCGGAGAAGGAGCAGCAUGCGCCGCCGCCAACGGGCGAGUCGCUCGCCUCAAGGGUCCCCUACGCACAGAUAGACUUCGAGCGGAUGCGCGCUCUCACCGCCAUCAACGGCACCGACGUGUUCGCCUCGGUCGCAGCCUCCACCGCCGCCGCCGCCGCAGCGGGCAACUCGUCGCACAAGUGGGGCAAAGGCGCAAUCUCCGGUUGCGCCGGUCUGCGCGCCCUGAAUGCCCGCAAGAAAUCCGACGGUGUGUAG